AUGCCCACAGGCUACAAGGCAGCCAUGCGGUUUAUUCCUUUCUACUGGCUCGGACUCUUUGCUGUGGCACGCGCCACUGCCAGCGCGGAUUCCUAUCUUGACGCUAUGCUCGCUAACAUUGGCCCCAAAGCCUCAGGUGUUCCAGCCGGAAUAGUCAUCGCCUCGCCAUCGAAAAAUAAUCCCGACUACUUUUAUACGUGGACGAGGGACUCGAGCCUCGUGUUCAAGGCCGUGGUUGACCGUUACAGUAUUGGCGACCGAGCUGAACUGCAAACUCUCAUCGAACAAUUCAUCCAGGUUGAAGAAAAACUGCAGAGUGUUUCGAAUCCUUCUGGCACCAUAUCCUCUGGAGGCCUCGGCGAGCCUAAAUUCAAUGUCGAUCUGACCGCAUUUACGGGUGCUUGGGGUCGGCCUCAGAGAGACGGACCUGCUCUUAGGGCCAUCGCUGUCAUGACUUACGCUAGCAUUCAUACCACAAACGCCUCAUUUUGGCCGAUGGUGAAAGCUGACCUGGACUACGUGAUGGCGGACUGGAAUCUAUCGACUUUUGAUUUAUGGGAGGAGGUCAACUCGUCUGGGAGUUUUUUCACCUCUGCUGUUCAGCAUCGCGCUCUCCGACAAGGCGCAGGAUUCGCAAAAUCCCUUGGGCUCACUUCCGUCGCCGCUGCUUACAUCACCGCUGCCGACAGCAUUCUUUGCCUCAUGCAGAGUUAUUGGAGCAACUCUGGGUACAUCAUGGCCAACAAGGGGGGCGGCCGCAGCGGCAAAGAUGCUAACACAGUGUUGGCCAGCAUCCACACAUUUGAUGCGGCUGCUGGCUGCGACCCUCUCACCUUCCAGCCCUGUUCCGACAAGUCCCUUGCUAAUUUGAAGGUUUACGCAGACGCUUUCCGCAACAUCUACCCGAUCAACACCGGAAAUGCCCCCAAUGCAGCAGUGGCUACGGGAAGAUACCCCGAAGACGGGUACAUGGGCGGGAAUCCGUGGUACUUGACGACCUUCGCUGUCGCCGAGCAACUCUAUCGCGCUCUUGGCGUGUGGAAGGCGCAGGGCUCACUCACAGUCACCUCCAUCUCCCUCGCAUUCUUCCGUCAGUUCGCGCCUGAUGUCGCUGUUGGGACAUACACAACCGACUCCACCGUCUUCGCGACCCUCACACAAGCAGUGACUUCGUAUGCAGACGGCUUUAUGGCGGUCAACGACAAGUACACACCUGGAAAUGGAGGGCUCUCUGAACAAUAUAGUCGCUCAAAUGGAAGUCCUGUCAGUGCUUCAAGCUUGACUUGGAGUUAUGCCGCAGCGCUGACGGCCUUGAACGCCAAAAAUGGACAACUUUCGGCCAGCUCAAAGUGGGGUGGAGACGGACUAACAUUGCCACGCGGAUGCUCUUCCACCGGUGGGGGUGGGGGUGGAGGCAGUGGACCGACCGUUAAUGUCGUUUUUGACCUGAACGUCGAGGCCUCUCAAGGAGAUACUGUUUAUGUUGUCGGUUCGCCGGCCGAGCUCAUGCGCUGGGACACGAAUAAUGCCAUCCCACUUAGCCCAAUCAAUUCAACAGCAGAAUCAGUAACUAUCGCCUUUCCUGCAAACACCAGUGGAGAAUACAAGUAUCUGCAAAAAGCGAAUGGUGACUCCACGGUCCAGUGGGAGAACGGCCCAAAUCGAGUCUUCAAUUCUGGAAACGGAACUACGCUGCACGAUGUGUGGAGCUCUGGCGGGGGUGGAGGUGGAUCGAACGGGGCAGCAAUCAACGUUACUUUUCACGAAAUGGUCUCUGUAAAUGCAGGGGGUAAGCCGAGCCGUUUCCUCGAGGAAUUUCACCAUGAAUAUGUCUUGCCAGAACAAGUCUAUAUUGUUGGCUCGAUUUCUCAGCUCAAGAACUGGAACACGAACGACGCGGUCGCCCUUUCUGUUUCUAAUGAUGUCUGGAGCGUCACAAUCGAGCUUCCCGCCAACACAAAGAACAUUCAGUACAAAUACAUUCGCAAAUCGACACACGUCGUCUGGGAGUCGGACCCCAACAGACAAAUAUCUACAGGAAAUAGCCCUAUGACGGAGAACGAUACAUGGAGAUAG